GCCUGUCUACCCGAUUGUUGCCUUGGCUACCUUUCUCCCUUUUGCGGUCUUCGUUUCCGACCAUGCAUCAACGACAAUACUGUUGUUUGGAGUUCAUCUACUUAAACCCAGCCUCUCGCCGUCUUCCCACCUCGCCGCAGUGACGAAGUGUUCGGUGGCUUACUCUGAAAUGUGCUUUUGUGCCCCGGCCGGGCCUAUAAAAGUACUGUAUCCUUAUGGCUAGUAUGGGAGACCCAGCUAGCAGACUCAUCGAGGAGCUCCGGUCGCUUCUUGACGAGACAACUAUUCUAUCUAUUUCUAGUGACUUCGACUUGGAUGAUCCUCAGCAGUUUGCUGCCGCCCGCGAAAUUCUCCUAACCAUAUCUAAAGAUGUGGAAGCAGAGGAAGCCACUGGUUUCAACGCCAGUGGCCUUGGCGCUGAUGGUAUCGUAGACAUCAAUCCCUCACAGCCGGAUGACGGUGCAGAGAUUGCUAGUGUGGCCGUCAGCGACAUAAAGAGUAUAAGCGGCCUGACCUCCACCACUGAAAAUUCGACCCCUCCGAGUCUAACUUCGAAGGGAUCAUCAAGGAUCUCGACUCGUGAGACCCCGGUGCUUUCCCACGUCGGUGUCUUUGACGGGCUCAGCGAUGACGAGAAGGAAAAUCAACUCGCUCAGAUGUUCGUUAGCUUGAAGCGCAUCGACGUGAGGCUAGCUCUGCAGAAAUCCAAGGGCGACGCGAGUCUUGCCAUUGACGAACUCCUUAACUUGCAGUGGCUGGAACAGACGAACCAGCGCCCCAAAGGCGUUGACGGCUUUUACGUAUCUGACGAUGAUUCUCGGGGCAAGAAGAAGAAGGGUAAGAAGAAGAGGAGGGGAGGAAUCAAAGUAUCUACCCCGAGAGCCACCGGUCCUGAGGGCGCACCCGAAGGAGGAAUCGAUAACGAGGUAGUCCAGAGUGAUGAUAUUGUAUUUGUGUCUACUCGGUUCAACCUAUCAGAAUCGGAGGUGUCUAGCAUCUAUCGUCGACACAAGGCCUCUCUUGGGGCUACAGUGGUGCAGAUCUUGGACAACUACAUCGCUCUAGGCCUGCCGCUGGCGGAUCCUAAUUUAUUGUCUGAUUUCCAGCAAGAAGUAUCUGGGUUCUUUUGGAUACCUCGCCAGUAUAUCACGUCAGUCAUCGACAUCUGUCCGACCCGAAGAGACGCGGUAGACGUCGUCCGCGUGUUAGCAGAACACUUCGAGCGGUCAUCAUACCUAAAAAUUGACGUGCCGUAUCGCGUCGUGGCGUCGGACUCGGACGUGGUGUCCCCUACUAUCAUUACUACGCUCGAGCCCGCGAGCACCACCAACCCACAGUCGCCGACGAGCCUCCGCGCCGCCGCCUCGGUGUCGCAGCGCCUCGCCGCUUCGCGUAGUCACUCGAUGGCCUCCGCCACCGCCGCCUUUAAGAAGGGCCGGUCGGACCCCCUGUUCCGCCAGGCCGGCGCCCUCUUCGCGGAGCGCGCCCGCGCGCAGACGGACGACCUCCGCCGCGCCGCCGCCACCCUUGCCAACCUCCGCGUCGACGAGCAGAGCGCGCCCGGCAUGAUCGAUCUGCACGGAAUGACGGUGCAGGAUGGCGUUACCAUUGCUCUCGAGCGCGUCGGCAACUGGUGGCGCGACCUCGCCGCCGAGAACGCCGGUGACGAGCGCGCCCGCCGUGCCGCCGCCCGCGCCGCCCCCUUCAAAGUCGUCACCGGCAUCGGCCGGCACAACCCCGACGGGAGGUCCCCGCUCCGCAUCGGCGUCUCCAAGGCCCUCGUCAACAACGGGUGGAAGAUCGAGGUCCUGACCGGCGCGUUCUGCGUCACUGGGAGGCAGUAACGAUUUUUUUUUUGUUUAAGGAGGGGAAGGAAGGGUAGAACGCUUCUAGAUAAGCGACGAACCCGACUUGCCCCCCCACACCAUAUUCACCU